GCGGGGCGCCCCGCCGGGCCGCCGCCGGGCCGCCGCUGCCCGCCGCCCCUGAGAAACCGGCGGGGAGAAAGUUGCGGCGGUCGCCCACAUGCGCGGCCCCGGCCGGCGGCUUGGGGAACGGCGCCGAGCAGAGGUGGGCGAAGAGAGUUUGAAGCGCUCGCCGGCGGGAAGAUGGCGGAGCGGAGCUGAGAGCGGCGCCCGGCGAGCUCGGGCUGCCCCCGCCUUCCUCCGCAGCCCCCCGGACCCCCGCCGGACACAUGCAGGCCAAAAAACGCUACCUGACGCUGCUCUCGGCUGGCACCUGUCUCGCCCUGCUGCUUUACCUGGGAGGUGUGCGGCUGCGGGCGGCUCGGUACUCGCCGCCCGGUAGCCGGCAUGGCCCGCCCUUGCGCCCCGGCGCCGAGCGGCCCUGGCCCCGGUUCCCCGAUGCCUUGCGGCCCUUCGCACCCGCCGAGCGGCCAGGCUCCGAGGGCGGCGGCGGGCGCGUCUCCCCCCGACAGCGGCGGGACGCCAGCGCCGGCCUCUACCGCGGACGCCGCUGCCGCAUGGAGUCCUGCUUCGACUUCGCCCAGUGCCAGAAAAACGGCUUCAAGGUCUACGUUUACCCGCAGCAGAAGGGGGAGAAGAUUGCCGAGAGCUACCAGAACGUCCUGGCCGCUAUCGAGGGCUCACGCUUCUACACCUCCGACCCUGGGCAGGCUUGCCUCUUCGUCCUCAGCUUGGACACGCUGGACCGGGACCAGCUCUCCCCCCAGUACGUGCACAACCUCCGCUCCAAGGUGCAGAGCCUCCACCUGUGGAACAACGGCAGAAACCAUCUGAUUUUUAAUUUAUACUCCGGCACCUGGCCUGACUACACCGAGGAUGUGGGGUUCGACAUCGGCCAGGCCAUGCUGGCCAAAGCCAGCAUCAGUACUGAAAACUUCAGACCCAACUUUGACGUUUCUAUCCCGCUCUUUUCUAAGGAUCAUCCUAGGACAGGAGGGGAGAAGGGAUUUUUGAGGUUUAACACCAUCCCUCCUCUCAGGAAGUACAUGUUGGUAUUCAAGGGGAAAAGGUACCUGACGGGGAUAGGGUCAGACACCAGGAAUGCCUUAUAUCACGUCCAUAACGGAGAGGAUGUUGUCCUCCUGACCACCUGCAAGCAUGGCAAAGACUGGCAAAAGCACAAGGAUUCGCGCUGCGAUCGAGACAACGCUGAAUACGAAAAGUAUGAUUACCGUGAAAUGCUGCACAAUGCCACUUUCUGUCUGGUUCCCCGUGGCCGCAGGCUUGGCUCUUUCAGGUUUCUGGAGGCCUUGCAGGCUGCCUGCGUCCCGGUGAUGCUCAGCAAUGGAUGGGAGUUGCCGUUCUCGGAAGUGAUUGAUUGGAACCAAGCUGCCGUCAUAGGCGAUGAGAGAUUGUUAUUACAGAUUCCUUCUACAAUCAGGUCUAUCCAUCAGGAUAAAAUCCUAGCACUUAGACAGCAGACACAAUUCUUGUGGGAGGCUUAUUUUUCUUCAGUUGAGAAGAUUGUAUUGACUACACUAGAGAUUAUUCAGGACAGAAUAUUUAAGCACAUAUCACGUAACAGCUUAAUAUGGAACAAACAUCCUGGAGGGUUAUUUGUACUGCCACAAUAUUCCUCAUAUCUGGGAGAUUUUCCUUACUACUAUGCUAAUCUCGGUCUGAAGCCUCUUUCCACGUUCACUGCCGUUAUCCAUGCAGUAACUCCCCUGGUUUCCCAGUCUCAACCUGUGCUCAAACUCCUGGUCGCUGUAGCCAAGUCCCAGUACUGUGCACAGAUUAUUGUUUUAUGGAAUUGUGAUAAACCCCUCCCAGCCAAGCACCGCUGGCCUGCCACUUCUGUGCCUGUCAUAGUCAUUGAAGGAGAGAGUAAGGUUAUGAGCAGUCGCUUCCUACCCUAUGACAACAUAGUGACAGACGCAGUGCUAAGCCUGGAUGAGGACACCGUGCUUUCAACCACUGAGGUGGAUUUUGCCUUUACAGUUUGGCAGAGUUUUCCAGAGAGGAUUGUAGGCUACCCUGCUCGCAGUCACUUCUGGGACAACACUAAGGAGAGGUGGGGGUAUACCUCCAAAUGGACUAAUGACUAUUCCAUGGUAUUGACAGGAGCUGCUAUUUACCACAAAUAUUAUCACUACCUGUACACUCAUUACCUGCCUGCCAGCCUAAAGAAUAUGGUGGACCAACUGGCCAACUGUGAGGACAUUCUAAUGAAUUUUUUGGUGUCAGCCGUGACAAAAUUGCCUCCAAUCAAAGUAACACAGAAAAAACAGUAUAAGGAGACCAUGAUGGGACAGACAUCCCGGGCCUCACGCUGGGCCGACCCCGACCACUUCGCCCAGCGGCAGAGCUGCAUGAACACUUUUGCCAGCUGGUUUGGCUAUAUGCCGCUGAUCCACUCGCAGAUGAGGCUCGACCCUGUCCUCUUCAAAGACCAGGUCUCCAUCCUGAGGAAGAAGUAUCGAGACAUCGAACGACUCUGAGGAGCGCUGCCGCAGGGGCCCCCUGAGCCGCCCCUCCCUGCCCUGCCCUGCCCUGCCCUGCCCUGCCCGCAGCCGGUGCGCGGAGCCAGAGUGCGCUGCCCGCAGGCAGCGCCGCACCCCGGCCAGCGGCAGCCCAGCGCCAGCCCUGCGCUGCCCCGGACUGUGUCGAACCGCCCCGCAGGCUGCUGUCGCUCGGGACUAGGUCGUGUACAGUUUCAUUAUGGAACAUUAAAUAAUUAUUUUUGAAAUGA